UGACGUUUGUCUGUGGAUGUGGUGUGGUGGAGUCGAGUUUGCUUUGUGAUUUUAAUCGGACGUGGUUUUAAUUUUAUUUUAUUAGAAUUCGUUCACUUUAUAAAUAUGACCGAAGAAAUCAAAUUAUUCACUAGGGACGAGUUAAAGUGUCGGAACUCGCGAGAAGACGCGAUUCUUAUUAUUCACAAUGGCGUAUACGACGUGACCAAGUUUCUUGACGAGCAUCCCGGCGGCGAGGAGGUGCUGUUGGAGAUGGCGGGUCAGGACGCCACCGAGCCUUUCGAAGACGUCAGCCACAGCUCCGAUGCGAGAUCGCUGAUGAAGAAGUACAAGAUCGGCGAGCUGGUGGAGGCGGACCGCACGCAGUCCAAGACCGCCUUCUCGCCGCAGUGGAACAACGACCAGCAGCAGGAGCAGGGCAACAGUUCGUGGAGCUCGUGGCUGCUGCCGCUGCUGCUGGGCGUGGCCGCGACGGUGCUGUACCGGUUCCUGUUCUUGUAGUGUCGCGCGCCGGGCCCGCGCCGCCUGCCGUGCUGGUGGCGUGCGCCUACCCGCGCACUGGCCCACGACUAUGUACACAGAUACACUAAUCUCUAAACCAAUUCUAAUGGACAGAUAUAUUUAUUGAAAGAGAUGUAUUAAUAGAUAUUAAAUAUGUCUAAAAAUCCCCUUAUCCUUCAAAUUCAAC